GUGACGGUCACGACCUACCAUGCUCCGCUGCUAGUCCACCACGGAUCUGUGUCGUAGACUCAUGGCUCAAUUAUCGUGAAAUUACUACUCUAGCUGGUCAUACUACACUGCAAAUUCAGUGAUGGCUCCCGGGCCCUCCUGGUAAGUCGUCAGGUGCAGUGGGACGGAACCCAGUGGGUGCUCGUGGGAUACUCAGGCUCUCUUCCUUGUUUCCGCCUCCACGGCAUCUCGCCCGAGUUGUACUUCUCAUCUAUGAAAAGACAGUAUCCACCUCUCAUCCGGAUAGGUUGAAAACCCUUUCUCUGCUGCCAGCAACGAGCUGCAGGACUGAGAACCAACAGCCAUGUCGCACAUCCCCAAACCUCUCGCGCCACCCUCAAAGCUUGCACAUUACCGCACUCUCUCCCCGCUAUGCGGGCUGAGGGUAUCCCCCUUGCAACUAGGCGCAAUGAGUCUCGGAGACAAGUGGGCAUCCAGAGGAAUGGGUGCUAUGGACAAGUAGUUGAGUUUCAACUUACUGGAUAGGUUUUAUGAGAUGGGAGGCAACUUCAUCGACACAGCGAAUAGCUACCAGGACGAAUCGUCCGAGGAAUUUAUAGGUGAAUGGAUGGAUACGAGGAAGAAUAGGGACCAAAUGGUCGUCGCCACAAAAUACACGUCUAACUACAAACGUGCUUCCGAGGAACACAAGCAGAAGAUCACUUUCGUAGGAAACAAUGUCAAGUCUAUGCACAUCUCAGUAGAAGCCUCGCUCAAGAAGCUCCGAACGGACUACAUCGAUAUUUUAUACUUGCACUGGUGGGAUUGGGCUUGCGGUGUAGAAGAAGUCAUGAAUGGGUUGCAUAAUUUGGUGGCAGCCGGAAAGGUUUUGUAUCUCGGCGUCUCUGAUACGCCCGCCUGGGUUGUUUCUCAAGCCAACCAGUACGCCAAAGACCAUGGGAAGACUCCCUUCGUCAUAUACCAAGGUCAAUGGAAUGUAAUGGAACGAUCAUUCGAGAGAGACAUCAUUCCGAUGGCUAGGACUCUUGGUCUCGCUCUUGCUCCAUGGGAUGUUCUCGCAUCAGGUAAACUACGGUCGAACGCAGAAGAAGCUCGUCGCAGAGAGACUGGAGAGAAAGGAAGGACAAUCUUCACAUCGAACUGGGAGAGGACAGCGGAGGAGAAGAAGGUAUGUGAUGUGCUGGAGGAGACUGCGGCCGAGGUUGGCUUAGGAGAUAAUGUCCAAGCUGUUGCCAUAGCGUACCUGAUGCAUAAGACACCAUUCGUCUUUCCGAUCCUCGGGGGUCGAAAAGUAGAACAUCUCGAAGCAAACGUCAAGGCACUCGACAUUACUCUCAGCGCUGAGCAAAUCAAUAAAAUUGAGAGUGUGCUCAAUUUUGACAAAGGGUUUCCUCACGGGAUGGUCGGUGAUGGCACCACUCCAAGCUGGAUAUUGCAAAGCCAGGCGAUGUCGACGAUUGAGUUGUGGCCUCUUAGACCCGUGAUCAAGCCUUCACUCUAAGGGUAACUGGUAGUGUAGUUCGCUUGCACGAUGUCUAGCUGUUGUCGAUGGAAUAUGUACGAUAUGGAACCUAG